UUUUAAUAUACCAAAAAGGAUGAAUAAAAGUCGAAAACAAUGGAACUUAAUAUGAAAGAAACAGAGUUUGAAAUGGAAGAAAGGUGCGAAAAUCAGGGCAAUACUACCAUAUGAGACGAUAGUAGACCAGGGUUGUUAAGAACGGAGCCUGAACAACAAGACUUUACCCCAGUGCUUAUAAGCACAAACAUGGCUCAAACAUCAGACGUUUUCUGUGAUAAUGAAACCUUUUUGAAUGUUUCUAAUGAUUCGCCAUUUAAUAGCGGACAAAUGCAUUCCUUCUAUAACGACACUCUCGAACAAAACGGGAUGCUGCUGCCGAUGCUCGACAUGGUUCCUAGAGCACCCAAUGACGAUAUUAUCUCCAACACAACAGAAAGCAGCAGUCCUCCCACGGACUUCAUGCUGUCGCCUUUGAAUUUCAAUCCUGAUGCCGAAAUAAGUUGUGAUAUCAUUGACUUAACAGACGAGUGUAGAACGGAACAUGUGUAUCAAAAGCAAACUAAAGAUAUCACAAGAAACGAUGAUAACAUUUAUGAGGAUAAUGCACGGUCAAAUCGAGAAACUGCCAAGCUAACGUUUCCGCCUUGUUACGUGUGCGGUGCUAAGGCAUGUGGUUGUCACUACGGUGUUAUUUCGUGUGCGGGAUGCAAAGGGUUUUUCAGGAGGUAUUUGUUAAAGAAGGACAGUUACACUUGUAAAAAGGGAGGUAAUUGUGUUCUUAGUGAUAAAGCCAGGGGAAACUGUAAAGCUUGCCGAUUAAAGAAAUGCCUAGAGGUAGGGAUGUCAAAGGAAAAAUCGAGUUUAGGUAGAUACAAACUGUCCAAGCGGACAGAAACCAUAAUUGAGGCAAAGUCUUCGACAGGUGGAUGCGCACAAGUAGUGGGAGAUAGUGAUAAAGGAGAACAAGUUAAAAACCAAGAAAGCGUCAUGGAUUUAGAUGCAGCGCUAGAUAUCAUUUGCUUAAAGCUAUCGCGAUAUUGUGUUGGAUCUGAGAAGCCGAACGAGUUUACUGAUGACAUAGUCAGGAAAAUAACAGAAUAUAUAGGUAUAAUGCGAAUCUAUUCAGUUGGAAAUAUAAAGGAUGAAGAUCUCCCAAAAGCUCUUGAAGAUGGGGCAGAAAAUCAUAAACGGAAAACAGAACUGUUUGGAAGUUUGAAGGCUAUUAGUUGGACCGAGUUUACUGAGAUUUACAAAAAGCACGGACUUGAAAUAGAUGGACGUAUUGCUGACCUGGUGGAAGGUAAACAGGAAAUGGACGAGUGGCUUGAGACCAGCUUUGGCUUUGUAAAGGAACUACCAUUGUUUUUGUCAUUACCAAUUCGUGACCAGGUCAAUCUUAUUAAAGCGAGUGCAAAUGAAUUAGAUAUCUUGUUAACUUUUAGGGAAUUUAGUGCUGAACACAAAACUUUUAUAAGAACGGGAAAAGUUUAUCAUGAAGAUGACGUAGUAGACAAAUGCGUUUCAAAGCAGAACUUUGAUCAUAUGACACUUUGCCUUGUCAAGCUGCAGAAACUCAAUCCCAACCCAACUGAACAUGCGUUGAUGUGUGCGUUAGUUGUGUUUUCAACCGGCCGAUGCAAGCUCAUCAACCCAAAAUUAGUCGAGAAGUGCCAAGCUAUGACAGCCGAUCGUCUUCAACUGGAGGUAAAAAGACAACACAAGGACUCGUCUCGACGGUUUGCUAAACUCAUGGACUGCCUUGUCGACACAAGGGGUAUUUCUGACAUGUUUAAUGAAGACUAUAAAGAAUUUUGUUCAAACGAGAUUGUGCGAGAGAAGUUACCACUUCUAGCGGAACUCACGCUGGAAGAAUUUUAGGGGUGAGGUUUAGGGGACGUUGAUGACAGAUAUCCUACCGCCUUUACCUUUCAGGUCUUUAUAAGAUUGUUUGGGGCUAUAUAGAACAGUCGGUAACUUUUGUGGUAGUGUACUCUGGAUUUAAUUGGAUGUACGUUCGAGGUUGGACUUGUAGUGCACACACAUUUGUCAAAAUAGAGGUUGCGAAACACUACAUAUACGGGGGCUUGCAAGGUGUUUCCUUCUGUUUGUGCAUUACGUCAUCAAGAUUUGUGUACAUUGUACACGAUUAAAAUUUAAGUGUACGAAAACAUGUCGAAAGUGAUUUAUGCCAUGACAGCGAGCCGAAAAGCACAACUUCAAAUAGAAAUAUCACAAACUCAACUGCAACUGCUCUCUGUACCUGUAGCUACGCGGGCACGUACACGUUCACGUCGUGUUUCGUAAUUUCUAUAUAAUGCGUUUCAAAACAAUCAAUGAGGACCUAAUGUUUUUGUUUUAUUGUGCGUUCAUUAAUUUCCAAGAACGUUUUGUAUACGGAUGAUUGCUUUCAAAGAACUGCUUUAUAUGGAUUAUUUUAAUUACACUAUGUUGCAUAUGCUGCUUUAAUGCUUUCCAAGGACUGCUUUAUAUGGAUUAUUUUAAUUACACUAUGUUGCAUGUGCUGCUUUAAUGCUUUCCAAUGACUGCCUUAUAAGGAUUAUUUUAAUUACACUAUGUUGUAUGUGCUGCCUUUAAAGCAUUGCUCGCCAUUUGCAUGAUACAUAACUACAAUAAGUUGUAUAACGAUUGAAGCGGCAGUUGCAGCCAGUCCACGCUCAUAUGAAUUGAGACAAUUUUUGACUUUGCUUUUUAUUUUUAUCCUUGAUAUAGCACAACAUUGCUUUUUGUUUUGAAAACUGUACAAAUGGUACAACUUUCAUUGAAGUAGCUUAAAAAUAGGAAAGUAGGUCGAAAGGACACAAUCAACGUUAUCCAAGCACAAUUUUGAUUUUUGUUUUCGAAUAAAUGGUCUCAUAAUU